AUGGCCUCAUCCGUUCCCUCAUCCGUUCCCUCUGCUGUAGCCGUACUUACAGAUACCGCUCCAUCUUCCUCAGGAGAAGGCUCUUCACCUAACUCGAGUUCAGAUGCCCAGGCUGAGCUCAGGCUGAGUGGCCCCGACGAUCCUCAGGCCAUCGCUGCGCUUCAAAAAGAUCUUGAAGAGAAAGCCCGCUGGAUCCCCCGUGGAAUCGAUCCUUUCGCUGACCCUAGGACGGCGUUCGAGAUCGGGAUGGCGAUUGACGAUCUCCUCGAGCUUCAGUACAAGGAAUGCAAGGAAGGUGAUGGUCAGAUCGCGCGACGAAGUUUUGUAGACGAUGAUCCGAACGUCAGCCAUGUAGUCUUUGAUCUGCCUUCAGUUUCGCCGGCGAGGAGUGGGGAGACGUUGUUGGGUUAUGCGAGGACCGUCGAUGAUGGCUUUGGCGGGGUAGAAGGAGGCGAUAACGAGACAGACUCGCCAGAGAAGGAAGGGGGGAAAGGGGAGCUAUUGGUGGUUAAGUGA